AUGAUUCAUAUGUUCAUGGACAACCUGUCAGUGUUCCUCAGAGGCUGUGAGGAGUUGGGUCUGAAAGGUUCCCAGCUGUUUAAUCCGGGAGACCUUCAGGACACCUCCAUACAAGCCAACCUCAGGGACUCAGAAUGCAGUAGGAAACUGAAGAAUGUAUUAAUUACAAUAUUCUGGCUGGGGAAAGCAUCCAGUAUGUGUCCCGCCUAUGACGGCCCUGUACUAAACCUCAGAGAGUUUGAGGGACUGCGGUCACACAUGAGAACGCUGAGUGAGGACAGGUCUGGGUCAGACAGUGUGAGGCCAGGUGUGAGGGACAGUGGUUACGACUGCUGGGACUCAGAGCGGAGUCAGUCUCUCUCUCCCCGACAACACACACGGGACAACUCCCUGGACAGCCUGGAUUCUUUUGGCUCGCGCUCCCAGACUAGCCCCUCCCCCGACGUCAUGAUCCAUGGCAACAGUGAUG